UUUGAAUCUUCAUCGACACCAUAAAACUGAAUCAGAAUUUUGGCGCCUCAAAUUUAAUCAAUAAUUACAAGAUCAAUCAAACAAAUUCAUUCACACACCAACCACAUUACAUCAAAUGCUUCAUUAGCAAUUAAUCUACCGAUUAAUGGAUGAAAUUCAAUUUCAAUGAAGAGAAAAUCUUCCAAAAUCAACAAUCCGUCGCCGAUCAAAUCCUCAUUUCCAAGAAAUUUCCACGGAUUUCAAACCUCCAAACUCCCUACUGAAACCCUAGGUAUUAGCAGCAGCAAUAAUGAUAAAUUAACCGAUAGAAAUCAGACUUCAGCUUCUGAUGAUAAUCCGAAAACCUCGGAGUAUGCGUUUUUCAAGAAAUUUAAGGAAAAUCAUGCAGCAGGUUAUAAGAUUCGCAAUCAAAAUCAAUGCUCGACGGUCAAAUCAAGUGAAUCUAGAGAGAGAAGAAGUAAUGUUGUUGAGAAUAGGCUCAAGGAGUUUAAUACCUCGUUGUUUCCUUCUGAAAAUGUAACAACUCCGCGUAAUUUUGACUCUGUUUAUUCGGUACGAGAGAAGGCAGUGAAGAAGUCGGUGGUAGACAUGAAGAUGGCUGGUACUUUUCUGGAAAAUGCACACAGCAUAGAGGAGACCAUAGAGGAACAAGGAUCCCAAUGCAAGAUAGCAGACAUCUUUUCUAGAAAAAGGCAUAAACUACAUCAGCUGGCUAUAAAUUCUUCAUUUCCUCAAGUUGAUGAACCCUGUUCUAAAGAGUAUGAUCUUGUGUCUGUGCUGCUUAGCAAGCUUUUCCCUGAAAGCAUUGAGGAAAAGAAUUUUGAGCUUUCGAAGACCAGGAAACUAGAGACUGAUUCCAAGUCUAGGUCUUUACCUUCUCUGGAGUCAGAUAUGCGCUUCAAUAAAACUCAGUGUACGCCUGCAACUGACUUGAAACUUGAAUAUAAACAAUCAUCGGAUAUUGGCUUUUCAUCUCGCUGGUUGGAAAUACCAAGAGAGGGAGAGCUUCCAAAUCCCUACUCUCCAAGCUAUUAUCCUCUUAGAACCUAUCUUGACGAUGGAAUGAUGGAGCUUAAUUAUGAAAUACGAGAAAGAAUUGCCCCGAUCAUAUGGAACGAAGGCGAUUCAGCUUUUGACUUGCACAGUAAGAAACACAGCUCAUUUACGUCGGGACAUCUUCAAGAGUUGGCUGAAUUCGACUACCCUAUGCAAUCUCUUCAUAGAAGACAGUCCCCACCUCUUCGGUUAGGUUGGGAUUUUGGGACAGAUAAAAGCAACCCAUCUAUACAUUUUCAAAAUGCAGAACAAAGCCUGCUUCCCAUCCUACCUAGAUCUCAUGAGGAUGUUUACUUCCAGAAUUUGGAUGACAGGCUUGGUGCAAGUGAGAUAGAGAUAUUAUCCCUUUUACCAUAUCAUUCUCAUGGGGAUGUUUACUUCCAGAAUUUGGAUGACAGGCUUGGUGCAAGUGAGAUCGGGACAUUAUCCCUUUUACCAUAUCAUUCUCAUGGGGAUGUUCACUUGCAGAAACUGGAUGACAGGCCUAGUUCAAGUGAGUUAGGGACACUAUCCGUUUUACCAUAUCAUUCUCAUGGGGAUGUCCACUUGCAGAAAUUGGAUGACAGGCUUAGUGCAAGUGAGUUAGGGACAUUAUCCUUACCAUAUCAUUCUCCAACUCUGCCCUCCCUGCAGUUCUCUCCUUCAGCCGGCAACGGAAGCCAUACUUUUGGAGAACGUUCUCCUAAAGUCAAGGAUGAUCUAUGUCCAGUUCUUAAUGGUUUUUCUUUAUCGCUGCCACAAACACCAAACCGUCUAAGUCUGAGAGAGUAUUCGUAUAGUGACACCAUAUCCAAAGCUAGCAGCAUUUUGUUUUCUCCUGAAAGUCACCUUUGUUUUAUGACAAAGGCUCUGAAUGAGGAGACAUGUUCCACGGGAGUUGAUUUUUAUUUAGAACCAAAGUGCAUUCCAGCAAGUGAUUCAUGGAGAAAUCAUUAUUCUCGUACUUGCCGCCAACUUGAAUUUCCCCGAGACGAAGGCAUGUCUUUACAUUUUCAUGGAGAUAAGAGUGAAAUCAGUCAUCAUUUCUGCAAAGAUAUCAUUAAUAUCCAUGACUGGCCAUCCACUUAUUUUCAGAUGUCAGUUGACAAAGAGAAAGUGCCUCGCUUGCUUCUUGAUAAACCGUAUAGCGAUGAAUUCGAAGCAGAUAUAUUCUGAUGACAGUGAAGUAAAACAUUUAUGCUUGGAGUUAUCUGUGGUCCUUGAUUUACUAAAUGUGUUGCGAAGUUAUUUAGAGACCAUUACAAAGUACUGAAGCUGUACCUUUCAGCCCAUGCCUUGUGAAACAGGUCAUCUAAAGCUCAGCUACCAAUCUUGAUCACAUUGAUUAUUCAGAUGGCAAAUAAAGGAUAUAGAAGAAGUGGAAGAUAAGUUCACAACUGUAGAAAGCCAGCUUGAAGAUGGCGACUAUAUACAAACAAUGUACUCUGGAGCAACAAGCAAUUAAGACAAGUUUACUCGUGAGAUCUGACGCCAUGAAUGUUGGUCGGCACAAUGAUGCCUAACCAUUCGGCCGAAUUUUUGUCAUAAGUUGAUGCUAAAUCCUGUCCGGAAAUCAUAAGGUAACCUCAACAGCACCUCUAGGUUUGUGCAAAAAUUAAACCAAAUCAAAUAACCAAACCAAACUGACUCGGUUCGGUUUGACAAUAUACAAAAAAAGUUGGUUUUUCGGUUCAGUUUGGGUUAUAAAUUUUUUUAGUUAAGUUUCAGUUUAAAUCAAAUCAAAAAAAUCAUACGAAGCGCAAAAGUCAAACCGAAUUGACCUGUUUGGUUUGAAAAAAUUAUAUUCUUUUAAAUUCAGUUCGGUUUUGGUUUUGUUUUAAAAAUAAAAUUAUAAUUCAGUUUGGUUUGGUUUGAUUUGGUUUGAUUUGAUUUGGUUCGGUUUGAAUUGAAUGCACGCCCCUAUCUCUUGGUACAUCUGAUACUUGUGCUUGCACAAUAUACACUGUUCCAUUUCAUUCAUUAUUGCCAGUGUGGGACUAGUUUAUAUGGUUAAGCCGUCUCCAAAUACAUCAAAAGGUCAUGGGUUGGAA